ACUUUCUUGUUAGCCGUGCUUGUGUUUAGUGGUGGAGGUCGUGUUAUUUUUUUUUAUGUGUGUGUGUGUUGUGGGGGUUACUUCUUUCAGGGAUGGCGGUGAUUUGGGGGUGAAAGCACACCUUGAACACUCGGGUGUUUUUUAUCUGACACGUGUUCCAAGCGUAUUAACUCCGUCUCCUGUUCUGUGUGUGUGCGUGCGUUUGUGUGUACGUACUGCAGCCCUCGUGCCAUGUCGUAGCUACGACAAAGUCUUGUCGUCUGCUUGCUCCAUAGCGGGUCAACUGUAGCCAGCAAACCUCGUUAGGCUGACAGUUUUGAGUAGGAUGUUGAUAGCACUAUAGUGUCAUCGCCAUGGCAACGAGAUUUGGAGUAGUGGUGUACGUUGUCACGGCUGGACAGCAAGGUGAUGCUCUGGGAAGCGAUGAGCAAGACAUUGUAGUGUUUUCGUGGCUCGUCGUUGACUUGGCGAAUAACAAGGUGGUGGCUGCUCAACACAACUGGGUGCGACCGCGGUCGAGUGACGAGAACGAAAACCUGCUGUCGGACACCUGUCGAACCGAGCUCGGCAUUACAGAGGAGCAAGUGAAGAAUGGCCAGCCCUUAGAACAGGUCAUCGAUCAGUUCAGCCAGUGGGCCCGAGCGCGACUAGAGCCAGAGGCCGGUGGACCCUUCUCCUUCGUGACUGACGGGCAGCUGCACCUUCGCCAGGUGCUGCACCCAGAAGCCACCCGCAAAGGUCACAAUUUGCCGGAGUCCUUCAACCGAUUCUUUGACCUACGGAAGGAGUUCUCCCGCUUUUACGGCAGGACAACGGAGUCACUCACCGAAAUGCUAGACUUCCUCUCCUUGGAACCGGACGCCUCGGCGGAGCACGUCAUGCGACAAGUGCAAGACAUGGGCAAAGUCGUGCUCAGGCUAAGCGCAGACGGCCACAAGUUUGUCGACCCAGAAGUGAUAUCGCAAAGGUUAGAGCCCGGAAUAUGCACCAAGACGGAAUCUGUGGACAGCAACACAGUGGUUCGUGCCCGGGGUCUCCCAUGGCAGUCCUCGGAUCAGGACAUUGCCAAGUUCUUUAGUGGCCUCAACAUUGUCAAGGGCGGAGUGGCACUGUGCCUGAGUCCUCAGGGACGCCGUAACGGAGAGGCCCUGGUGCGCUUCGAGAGUCAAGAACACAGAGACAUGGCACUCAAGCGACACAAGCACCACAUCGGACAGCGCUACAUCGAGGUCUAUCGCGCUACGGGGGAAGACUUCGUUAAUGUGGCUGGAGGGAAUAGCAACGAAGCGCAAGCUUUCUUGUCGAGGGGAGGUCAAGUGAUAGUACGCAUGCGAGGACUUCCUUAUGAUUGCACGGCUAAACAAGUGGUGGAGUUCUUUGCGGCACCGGAGGAGUCUGGCUGUGCAGUGCUAGAUGAUGAAGAAGGCGUGCUCUUUGUUCGCAAGCCGGAUGGAAGGGCCACGGGAGACGCUUUUGUACUCUUUGACUCCGAGGACGUGGCUGCGAGGGCACUGCAGAAACACCGGCAGGUCAUAGGAACUCGCUAUAUAGAACUCUUCCGAUCCACUACAGCAGAGGUGCAGCAGGUUCUCAAUCGUACAAUGGACCCCCGGACGUACGAGACUGCGCAGCCGCUGAUCGCAUCCCUCCCCCAGGUCCCUUUGCUGCCACAACAGAUUCUUCCCUCGGGAUCUCGUAAGGAUUGCAUUCGGCUACGUGGUCUCCCUUAUGAAGCGCAGGUGGAGCACAUCCUAGACUUUCUGGGGGAGCAUGCUACAAGCAUUGUUUACCAGGGUGUGCACAUGGUCUACAAUGCGCAGGGGCAACCAUCUGGCGAGGCGUUCAUUCAGAUGGACUCCGAACAUUCAGCUUAUCUAUGCGCCUUACAGCGCCAUCAUCGUUACAUGCCAGGAAAAAAGCCACGUUAUAUUGAAGUGUUCCAGUGCUCCGUCGAUGAUAUGAACCUAGUGUUGACAGGAGGGAUCCCUGUACAGCGCCCUCUUCUUUCACCUGCAGGUGGUGCCAUUCUUCCACCUCCCCCCUAUGGAGCCUACCCCUACGUUCAACCACCAGCCCCAGUGCUCCCAGCCACAGCGGUGACCACCUUAGCACCCAGGGUGUCCACCUACUACCCACCCAUAUUCUACUGGUCCUACCCAAGUCCUCCAGUGUCCCCGACUACCUACUACCCCCACUCUACGGGCCCCACCAUGGUAAUUUUACGAGGGCUGCCCUAUAGCGCCACGGCCGUGGACAUUCUAACCUUCUUCCAGGGCUUUGCAGAGCUUACAGCUGACUGCAUCCAGAUCCAACGGAACACAGACGGAAGACCGAAUGGUGAAGCCGUGGUCACCUUCCCCACAAGAGCUGACGCUGAGCGGGCUAUCCAGGAAAAGAACAGACAAAACAUUGGCAGUCGCUACAUCGAACUGUUUAUGGCAUGAUAAUUGGGUAUCCUAGCCCAUCCCAGCUCCAUUUUCACUAGCUCUGAGCAACAACUUCCAGAUAAUGUCGAGAGAAAAAAGUGCUGCUGGUGGGAACUUCAAGAGGUUAUUGUGAUGCUGGCAGGAAGACAACAUGCAAGUGUUAUUUUAGGACUAUCAGGGGUUUUACUUUUCAUAUUCUAAAUGCAUAGAAAAACACUCAUUGUUUUAGUUCUACUAGUUUUAAAGCAAAUCAACAGUCAAGGUGACUCCAUCGGAUGGCUCAUUAUUUCAUUGCUCAUGUUCGCUUUGACAGCAGUGAGUCUCAUGAGCAAGGAGCUGUUCACCCCACUAGCAGCACAGAGUUGUUCAGUACUACUCAGAAAGGCAGCAAAAUCACAUUAGUCUUCCUUUGAUUGCAAAGGAAAACAUCCACCAUGUGUUAGUUUCUUUGCACGAAGCUACAUUAGUUCGUUUUUGCAUAUGUGUUUUUGUGCACUGCUUUAGUACAUUUAUCAUAACAUUACUUUCAAUGAGGCACAUGUUAUCAGUAAGGAUGUGGCCCACAGCUCUUCCAGUCAAACUGUGAUCAGCAACUGUUCUACUACUUUUAAUUGCAUGUGAGUGCACCGCACAUGGUGCCUAAAAGCUCUGUACUGAGCAUUUAUCCAGUAUACUUUGAUAUAUAGAGCUGAUCCCUUUUUACUGUAGCAAUGUAUUAUUUUUGUCUUGUCUGUAUUCUUCACUAGUUGUAGCCUCUUCAUGUUGCUUUAGGCUUGCAAAAGCAUGUGGCCGUGGACACCUGUGCAGUACGCAGAAUGUCAGUGCUCACGUCGAGUCACGAAUAUAUUUAUUGCCGCACUGUUGAGAAAUGAAGUGCAAUUUAUGACCACAAUAAUCCAUAGUGUGUUCUUUAGUGUGCCUCUCUUUUAAGUCCUAGCAACAGAUUGUUUUUCUACCCUGGACAGCUGCAUUAUGCAUUUUUUUUGUUCUAGCAGAGUGCACCAAUUGUUGUGGCCCAGUCUCUGCAGUGCACACUUGAGAUUACAUUUGCUUCCUCAUAAGCAAACUGUGUGACAAAUUUUCUUCUGCACUCUUGAGCAGAAAAUUUUGUCUUCAUUCACGUCAUUGAAUUCCUGCAACUUUUCCUAGCUGACCAUCAUAUCUCUGCAUGACACUAUGAGUGUGUGUGUUACUUUUUGUUCACCUAGCUAGUUAUAACAAUUGUAUGUUAUUCUGCUUAUAUUUCCCUUUACCCCAUGCAUGUCAGUUACUUUUGAAGUGUGUUCAUUUUCUGUGAAUGUACUUAUGCUAUGUAAGUCUACACAGAAGUAUUUUCUUAUGUAAGUAUACAUGUCGUCACUUCAAAUCACAAAUACAUGUACAUAUUGUACUCGACUUCUGUUACAACUAUAUUCUGUUUGUUAUUAAUGACUUGUCUGUCAAUAAAUGUUGCAAUUUAGAGUAAUUCACUAAUGAUUUAGUUAGCUAAUAUGCCUUUUCUGAGCUAUGAAGCUAUCAAAUUUCAAUAUUUUUGUAGACAUGUUGCACUGCACCAUAUUUGCAUACAUAUUUAUUUUAGAUAAAGGUUGUAAUACUGAUGUUAGCAUAUGGUACCAGCAUUGCUAAGGACCAGCAUCAGGUAACCUGAAAGCCUAGUUCCAACAUGUGAAAGUGCAAGACAGUGUUUGUUUGACCUUACGAGCAAAGAUGCACCAAUCUCUUACGUGCUAAGGUUCAUGCUUGAGCAGCAAUUUCCCGGUUCAAUGCCAGAAUGACUAGACUAAGUGCCUAGUUCUCCAGUGUUAUCCAAGGCUGGUCUUUAGUAAGCAUUGCUCCACUGCUUGUGUAUUGCCGCGUAAUUUUUAGUAGCAAUUUCAGGUCCACGUGCCUGCCCUUACUGCUACAAUAAAAAGUCCAGCUAUAUUGUGCCUAGUCUUUAAUGUAUUUUUAUAUUUGUCCAUGUAUUCCCAGUGUAUGUGAUCGCCAAGUGCCUUCCAUAUCUAUUUUGCCCCAGUGGCGUAAUGCAUGCAAUUUUGAAAACCCUGCAUUUCAUGUAGCCUUCUAUCGCAAAAUGGAAAAUAAAGCAGUAACAUUCCACUGUUA